GAUUCCACAUCAGCUUGUUGGUGUACCUCUUGGCUUCAACAUUACUCUCGAAUGUUUCACUGAAGCACAUCCUACAAGUUUAAAUUAUUGGACGAGAGAAGACGGUCACAUGAUUCAUGAUAACAGGAAAUACAGAACCGAGCAAAGCGUUGGUACACCAUCGUACAAGACACACAUGCGACUAACUAUUUAUAAUGUACAACAUUCAGAUUACGGAACGGUGAAAUGUGUCGCAAAAAAUCCUCGAGGUGAAACAGAUGGAACGAUACGACUUUACACGUCAACGCCCCCAACCGUUCUGCCUGCAUCAACAAUUGAGAAUUUCAAAGACUGGUCGGAUCUUAGAAAUGAAAUGAAUGGAAACAACACAAUCGUCAAUGGACAAAAUCAUCAAAAUUCAAUUCACGGUUUUGACAAAAAUGGAAAACAUUUUUCAAAUUUGAAUGAAAUUGAUAGAUUCGAGCAAAAGUCAGCAUACGAGAAGAAAUCAAAUUGGCCGACAGAAGAUAGCACAAAUAGCGCUGACAAAUCUAAAGUGAAAUCUUUCAAUCAAUUAGGAAUGAUGCUUUUAUUAGGACUUGUUAUUCAACAAUGCAAAUUCAAUAUGGACAACUUUUAUCUGUUGAAUUGA